GCCCGAGCGGGAUCGGGCCGCCUCACCAAUGCUGCGGGGGCGACACUGAGCGCACCCAGGCUUCCCUCGGCUGGGACCCCGACACCCCGAGUACUGUGCCCGGUCCUGUCGUCUGCAGCCCGGCUCGCCCGGUGUUUGGACAUGGAACGGGCCGCUGCGCCCGCGGCGGGGGACGGCCCCGAUUUGGGGCCGGGGGCGCCGGGCUCUCCCCGGGAGGCGGGGGUGGGGGCGACUGCAGCCCCCGCAGCGGCGGCGGCCCCGGAGCCCAGGAAGCCGCACGGGGUGAAGCGGCAUCACCACAAGCACAACUUGAAGCACCGCUACGAGCUGCAGGAGACCCUGGGCAAAGGCACCUAUGGCAAAGUCAAGAGGGCCACUGAGAGGUUUUCUGGCCGAGUGGUUGCUAUAAAAUCCAUUCGUAAGGACAAAAUUAAGGAUGAACAAGACAUGGUUCACAUCAGACGAGAGAUUGAGAUCAUGUCAUCCCUCAACCAUCCUCAUAUCAUCAGUAUUUAUGAAGUGUUCGAGAACAAAGACAAGAUUGUGAUCAUCAUGGAGUACGCGAGCAAAGGGGAGCUGUACGACUACAUCAGCGAGCGGAGACGGCUCAGCGAGCGGGAGACCAGACACUUCUUCCGGCAGAUCGUCUCUGCCGUGCACUACUGUCACAAGAAUGGUGUGGUCCAUCGGGACUUGAAGCUGGAAAAUAUACUGCUCGAUGACAACUGCAAUAUUAAGAUUGCUGACUUUGGGCUUUCCAACCUGUACCAGAAGGACAAGUUCUUGCAGACGUUUUGCGGGAGCCCGCUCUAUGCAUCUCCUGAGAUCGUCAAUGGGAGACCUUACCGUGGGCCAGAGGUGGACAGCUGGGCCCUGGGCGUGUUGCUUUACACUCUCGUUUAUGGAACGAUGCCCUUCGAUGGUUUCGAUCACAAAAACCUCAUCCGGCAGAUCAGCAGCGGAGAGUACCGGGAGCCCACGCAGCCCUCAGAUGCUCGAGGACUCAUUCGGUGGAUGCUGAUGGUGAACCCUGAUCGCCGGGCCACCGUCGAGGACAUUGCCAACCACUGGUGGGUGAACUGGGGCUACAAGAGCAGUGUCUGUGACUGCGACGCCCUCCACGACUCCGAGUCCCCGCUCCUGGCUCGGAUCAUCGACUGGCACCACCGUUCCACGGGGCUGCAGGCUGACGCCGAAGCCAAAAUUAAGGGCCUGGCCAAACCCGGGGCCUCUGAGGUCAUGCUGGAGCGGCAGCGGUCGCUGAAGAAGUCCAAGAAGGAGAACGACUUUGCCCAGUCCGCCCAGGACUCGGUGCCCGAAAGCCCAUCCAAGGUGAGCUCCAAGAGGCCCAAGGGCAUCCUGAAGAAGCGAAGCAACAGCGAGCAUCGCUCUCACAGCACCGGCUUCAUCGAAGGUGUCGUCGGGCCUGCCUUACCCUCUGCUUUCAAGCUGGAGCAGGACUUGUGCCGGACUGGCGUUCCCCUCCCAAGCUCCCCUGAGGCAGAGGUGCCGGGGAAACUCAGCCCCAAACAGUCGGCCACAAUGCCCAAGAAGGGCAUCUUGAAAAAGACCCAGCAGAGAGAAUCGGGUUACUACUCGUCCCCGGAGCGCAGCGAGUCCUCAGAACUGUUGGACGGUAACGACGUGAUGGGCAGCGGCCUCCCUUCUCCCAGCCCCCCGGACCCAGCCAGGGUGGCUUCCCACAGCCUCUCCUGCCGGAGGAAGGGCAUCCUGAAACACAGCAGCAAGUACUCGGUGGGAGCCACGGACCCGGCCCUCGUCAGCCCUGAAAUGCCCACACUGGAAUCCUUGUCGGAGCCCGGCGUCCCCGCCGAGGGCCUCUCCCGGAGCUACAGCCGUCCUUCCAGCGUCAUCAGCGACGACAGCGUCCUGUCCAGCGACUCUUUUGACUUGCUGGAUAUGCAGGAGAACCGUCCUGCCCGCCAGCGCAUCCGCAGCUGCGUCUCCGCCGAAAACUUCCUCCAGAUCCAGGACUUUGAGGGGCUCCAGAACCGGCCCCGGCCCCAGUACCUGAAGCGGUACCGGAACCGGCUGGCAGACAGCAGCUUCUCCCUCCUCACGGACAUGGACGACGUGACUCAGGUCUACAAGCAAGCGCUGGAGAUCUGCAGCAAGCUCAACUAGCGUGCCAGGGCGCGGGGGCAGCGGGGGGUACGAGGGAGGAAGGGGAACAAGACUGGGGCUCACGGGCUGGUGACCUCUUUGCUGACCAUGAUAAUAGACUGAAAAAGGAUUGGCACCAUCUCGCUUGCAGCCUUGAGCCGGUGCCUAAAAGGGAGAAGUGGGCUCUCUGCCAGUUCAACCCACUGCCAGUCAGAAUUUGGAUCCUAAUUGGCAUUUGCCUUAUGGCACCUCCUAGAGGACCAGCCGUCCAGGGAAGGUGGUGUUGACCAGCACUUGGUGGUGAGGAAGCAUAUGGGAGAGAGAGCAUUUCCCUAGACACUUCUGGAGGAGGGGCAGGAGACACUGGGGCCAUCUGCUUUGGGUUUGCCCAAAGAGCUUGCUCCU